AUAAAGCAGCGAACGGAUGAACAUAUUUAUAUACCGAACCGGUAGCGAGUAGUCAUUUUGCCCCAACGAAAACAGAAAACAAAACUCGUAGUGUCACGUUAGAUCCGUCCGACAAUGAUUCAGCGAGUUAUUAUGCGUUUCUGUGCUUGCUACUCAACCAACGGCAGCUAGCUUGCUAACUAGCUAGCGCGUGCUACGACCGUCUAGCUGAGGAACCAGGAUAAGAGCCUUCGCAAAGUACCAUUACCUGAAUACGGGUAACAUGACUGGAAAAUGCUGAUAAGUGGGGAUUGCCAAGUUAUUUUGUGAGUAACAAAAAGAGAUUAUCGACAAUGAAGGUCGACAGAAGCAAGUUAAAGAAAACACCUACGGAAGCUCCUGCAGACUGCAGGAUACUCAUAGAGAAGCUCAAGGCAUGCAGUGAUGAGCAACUGUUGGUCGAGCUCCAGCACAUCAAGACAUGGAAUAUUGGCAAGUGCGAGCUUUACCAUUGGGUAGAUCUGCUGGACCGCUUUGAUGGCAUUCUGUGUGAUGCAGGCCAGACAGUGGAGAACAUGUCAUGGCUGCUGGUUUGUGACCGUCCGGACAACGGACAGCUCAAAGCCCUGCUUCUGGCAGUCCUAAACUUCACAGCCCUGCUAAUUGAAUAUAGCUUCUCCAGGCACCUCUACAGUUCCAUAGAGCACUUAACCACCUUGUUAGCAUCAUGUGACAUGCAGGUGGUCCUGUCUGUGCUGAAUCUGCUCUAUGUGUUCAGUAAACGCUCCAACUACAUCACAAGACUGGGAUCUGACAAAAGGACGCCUCUACUGGCCCGUCUGCAACACCUAGCUGAGAGCUGGGGAGGAAAGGAGAAUGGCUUUGGUCUAGCUGAGUGCUGCAGGGAUCUGCCUAUGGGGAAAUACCCUCCCAGUGCCACCACACUGCACUUUGAGUUCUAUGCUGAACCAGGUCCUGAGGUCAAAGUGGAGAGGAAGACAAGUAGUAACACACUACAUUAUAUUCACAUCGAGCAGCUUGACAAGAUUUCAGAGAGCCCAUCUGAGAUCAUGGAGUCGCUGACAGUGAUGUACAACAUCCCUAAAGACAAGCAAAUCCUGCUGUUCACACAUAUUCGACUGGCCCAUGGUUUCUCAAAUCACAAGAAGAGGUUACAGGCUGUACAGGCUCGGCUGCAUGCAAUUUCUAUACUGGUGUAUUCAAAUGCACUUCAAGAGUCAGCCAACAGUAUUUUGUAUAACGGCUUGAUAGAGGAGCUGGUGGAUGUAUUACAGAUUACAGACAAACAGCUUGUGGAUAUCAAGGCAGCCUCUUUGCGCACUUUAACUUCAAUUGUUCAUCUGGAGAGGACACCCAAGCUUUCAAACAUCAUCGACUGCACUGGCACUGCCUCUUACCAUGGCUUUUUACCUGUGUUGGUGCGAAACUGUAUCCAAGCAAUGAUCGAUCCUCUGAUGGAACCCUACCCACACCAGUUUGCAACUGCACUCUUCUCAUUCCUCUACCACUUGGCAAGUUACGAUGCUGGAGGGGAAGCCCUUGUCUCCUGUGGUAUGAUGGAAGCACUUCUUAAGGUGAUCAAGUUUUUAGGUGAUGAGCAGGACCAGAUCACUUUUGUGACACGUGCAGUGCGGGUUGUGGAUCUCAUCACCAACCUUGACAUGGCUGCCUUUCAGUCCCACAGCGGCCUUUCCAUUUUCAUCUGCAGGCUGGAGCAUGAGGUGGACCUGUCGAGGAAAGAGUGCCCUUUUGUCAUCAAGCCAAAGAUUCAGAGGCCCAGUGCAGCUGUGGAGUCAGAAGACAUGGACACAGACAUGGAGAUGUCAGAAGUUGCCAUGGAAAGCAGCCCUGGACCAUCAACAUCUUCUGGUCCCAGACCAGAGGCGGACCAUCGAGCACAGAGCAGCACUGUCAACACACCACGUGCAGGUAUGCAGUGUAUCCCCCAGCGGGCUGCUCUGUUGAAGUCGAUGCUAAAUUUCUUGAAGAAAGCCAUCCAGGACCCUGCCUUUUCUGAUGGUAUCCGCCAUGUAAUGGAUGGGUCCUUGCCUACCUCACUCAAGCACAUCAUCAGUAAUGCAGAAUACUAUGGCCCUUCACUGUUCCUCCUAGCAACGGAGGUUGUGACGGUGUUCGUAUUCCAGGAGCCAUCCUUGCUCUCCUCGCUGCAAGAUAACGGUCUCACUGAUGUCAUGCUGCAUGCCCUUCUAAUCAAAGAUGUUCCUGCUACCCGUGAGGUGUUGGGUUCCCUCCCUAAUGUGUUCAGUGCCCUGUGCUUGAAUGCAAGAGGCCUGCACUCCUUCGUUCAGUGCCAGCCCUUUGAGCGCCUCUUUAAAGUGCUUUUGUCUCCAGACUACCUGCCUGCCAUGCGCCGGCGUCGUAGCUCUGACCCAUUAGGUGACACUGCUUCCAACUUAGGCAGUGCUGUGGAUGAGCUAAUGAGGCACCAGCCAACUUUAAAGACAGAUGCUACUACUGCCAUCAUCAAGUUACUGGAGGAGAUCUGCAACCUAGGACGAGCUCCUGAGUACAUCUGUCAGAAACCGUCGAUCCAGAAGGCAGAUGGUACUGUGGCAGUGCCACCUGCACGUUCCAGUCAUGCUGCUGAAGAAGCCUCCAGUGAGGAUGAAGAGGAAGAAGAGGCCCUUCACACGUUCAGCCAGCAGCAGGGGGAACCAGAGAGCAACAGACAGUCAGUGCCACUUGAACUGGUGGUGGGCACUGAGGAGCGGAUCCCCAUUCCUCUAAUGGAUUAUAUCCUGAAUGUGAUGAAGUUUGUGGAGUCUAUACUAAGUAACAACACAACAGACGAUCAUUGUCAGGAGUUUGUGAACCAGAAGGGUCUGCUGCCUCUAGUCUCUAUUCUGGGCUUGCCCAACUUGCCCAUUGACUUCCCCACCUCUGCUGCCUGCCAAGCUGUAGCUGGUGUCUGCAAGUCAAUUCUGACUCUGUCACAUGAGCCUAAGGUACUCCAGGAAGGACUAUGCCAACUGGACAGUAUCCUGACGUCUCUGGAGCCCCUUCAUCGACCAAUUGAGGUGCCUGGUGGCUCCGUGCUUCUCCGAGAAUUGGCAAAUGCAGGACAUGUCACAGAUGCCACAUUGUCAGCCCGAGCCACACCACUGCUCCAUGCUCUUACUGCAGCGCAUGCCUACAUUCUCAUGUUUGUCCACACUUGCAGAGUAGGACAGAGUGAGAUCAGAGCAAUCUCAGUAAACCAGUGGGGUUCUCAGCUUGGCUUGAGUGUUCUCAACAAGCUCAGUCAGCUGUACUGCUCUCUGGUUUGGGAGAGCACCGUGCUGCUGUCCCUUUGCACACCCAACAGUCUGCCUCCAGGUUGUGAGUUUGGCCAGGCUGACAUGCAGAAACUGGUACCCAAAGAGGAGAAGCCUUCAAGCAGCAGCAGUGCAGCAGCUGCUGCCUCUGGCUCCAGGAAAACUGUUGAGUCUGAGGCAGUGUCUGUGGAUUCAUCAGCUGGUGGACUGUUGGAAGGCAUGGGUCUAGAUGGUGACACCUUGGCUCCCAUGGAGACAGAUGAACCUACAGCCACAGACCCUAAGUCCAAGUCAAAACUCACCCCAGCUAUGGCCACACGCAUAAAACAGAUAAAACCGCUACUCUCUGCUUCAUCUAGAUUAGGUCGGGCUUUGGCUGAGCUCUUUGGCCUGUUGGUGAAGUUGUGUGUGGGCUCCCCAGUGCGCCAACGCCGCUCACACCAUGCUACAAGCACAGGCACUACCCCCACGCCUGCUGCCCGGGCCACUGCCUCUGCCCUCACUAAGCUCCUAACCAAGGGUCUGAGUUGGCAGCCCCCACCAUACACACCAACCCCUCGGUUUAGGCUGACUUUCUUCAUCUGCUCUGUGGGCUUCACAUCUCCCAUGCUGUUUGAUGAGAGGAAGUACCCAUACCACCUUAUGCUGCAAAAGUUCUUCUGCUCUGGGGGUCAUGAUGCCUUAUUUGAGACAUUUAACUGGGCCCUGUCAAUGGGUGGGAAGGUGCCUGUGUCCGAGGGUCUGGAGCAUACAGAUCUUCCAGAUGGAACUGGAGAGUUCCUGGAUGCCUGGUUAAUGCUGGUGGAGAAGAUGGUGAACCCUAGCACAGUGCUAGAUUCACCUCACUCUCUGCCAGCUAAAAUGCCUGGGGUCACCCCCACCAUGCCACAGUUCAGCGCACUACGGUUCCUUAUAGUCACCCAAAAGGCUGCAUUCAACUGCAUCCGCAGCUUGUGGAAUAGGAAGCCACUGAAGGUGUAUGGAGGCAGGAUGGCUGAAUCCAUGCUGGCCAUCCUCUGCCACAUCUUGAGAGGGGAACCUGUAAUACAGGAGCGUCUGGCCAAGGAGAGAGAGGGCACAGUGCGCCCAGAUGAAGAGACGACUUCCAGUGGUUCUUUGGGUCCCACUGUUGCCCCUGGUGCUUCCACAACAUCUGGAGAGGCACCAGCAGCAGCAGGAACAACAUCUGGAGGGCCAGCAAGCGGAUCAGCUGAGGAUUCAACCAACUCUACUCCCCGCCGUGAGCCCCAGGUCAACCAGGCUCAGCUGACACAGCUGAUGGAUAUGGGUUUCUCAAGAGAGCAUGCCAUGGAGGCCCUACUCAACACCAGCACUAUGGAGCAGGCCACUGAGUACCUGCUAACACACCCUCCACCACUUCUUGGUGGAGCAGUAAGGGACUUGACUAUGUCUGAAGAGGAUCAGAUGAUGAGGGCCAUUGCCAUGUCACUUGGACAAGAGGUCAGCAUGGAGCAACGCUCCGACUCACCUGAGGAGGCAGCACGCCGACGCGAGGAAGAAGAUAGGAGAGCCAGGGAGAGAGCAGAAGAGGAGGAGGCCCGCUGCUUGGAGCGCUUCAUGGAGGCAGAGCCACUGGACCCCAAGGAGCUGCAUGCCUUCACUGACUCCAUGCUGCCUGGCUGUUUCCAUCUUCUUGAUGAGCUUCCUGACACAGUGUACCGACUCUGUGACCUGCUGAUGACUGCUAUUAAGAGGAGUGGCCCAGAGUACAGAGAUCUCCUCCUUGGCCAGGUUGUCCAUCAGGUGUGGGACGCAGCAAAUGUGCUGAUCAGGGCAGCUGAGCCUCUGACUACCAGUGACACAAAGACUGUGUCUGAGUGGACAAGACAGAUGGCCACUCUGCCCCAGGCUUCCAAGCUGGCAACACGAAUUCUAUUGCUCACACUGCUCUUUGAGGAGCUGAAGCUUUUUGGUGCCAGAGUGGUGCAAAACAGUGGGAUUCUUGAAUUGCUCAUCAAACUGCUUGAGGUUGUACAGCCCUGUCUACAGGCUGCUAAGGAACAGAAAGACAUCCAGACACCAAAAUGGAUCACACCAGUACUGCUGAUCAUUGACUUCUAUGAGAAGAUGGCAGUUUCCUCAAAGCGCAGGGAACAAAUGAACAAGUAUCUGCAGCCCAAUGGGAACAACUGGCGGUGGUUUGAUGAUCGCUCAGGCCGUUGGUGCAGUUACAGUGCAUCAAACAAUAGCACCAUUGACUCUGCUUGGAGGGCUGGGGAGAGCAGUGUCCGCUUCACGGCAGGACGUCGGAGAUACACCGUGCAGUUUAACACCAUGGUGCAGGUAAAUGAAGAGACUGGAAACAGGAGGCCAGUGAUGUUGACCGUUCAGAGAGUUCCUCGCUUGCCAAAGCCGGCCAAGGCUGGUAGCAUCACUGACUCUGAGAGAGAAGAGGGAGACAGGAGCAAAGUGGAGGAAACUCAUUCUGACUUGGACUCAGUCUCUGCAGUGGAGAUGAGUGUUCCAAAGGAGGAGUCCAGCCAGCUGAAGGAGACCACAUCAGGCCCCUCUUCUUCUCUUGAUUCUGACUGCGCAGACAUAGUCAUAGAGGGUCUGACUGAAGACAUGACCACCGUUCUUAUUCGAGCAUGUGUCAGCAUGAUCAGUGUUCCUGUGGACCCAGACACCCUUCAUGCCACAUUGCGUCUUUGUUUGCGCCUUACGCGCAAUCACCACUAUGCUAUGAUGUUUGCGGAGCUGAAGAGCACACGGAUGAUUCUAGGGCUUACACAGAGCUCCGGCUUCAAUGGCUUCACCCCUUUGGUCACACUGCUGUUCAGACACAUCAUAGAAGAUCCGGCCACACUGCGGCACACCAUGGAGAAGGUGGUACGGUCGGCGGUGACAAGUGGAGCAGGGAGUACCACCUCUGGAGUGGUGUCAGGCAGCCUUGGUUCCAGAGAAAUCAAUUACAUCCUUCGUGUCCUGGGCCCUGCAGCAUGCCGUAACCCUGAAUGUUUUGCUGAAACGGCAAGCAAUUGUGUCCGCAUCGCACUACCUGCUCCACGUGGAGCCGGCACAGCCUCUGAUGAUGAGUUUGAGAACCUUCGAAUUAAGGGACCUAACGCUGUGCAGUUAGUGAAGACCACUCCUCUUAAACUGUCCCCCCUCCCACCCAUCCCUGACACCAUUAAAGAGGUCAUCUAUGACAUGCUGAAUGCUCUGGCUGCCUACCAUGCUCCUGAAGAACCCGAGCGUCCAGAGGAGCGUGCAGCAGCCGUACCUGGAGGUCAGGACCUGUGCCAGAUACUGCAAGAUGUGGGCGAUGACGUUUACCAGCAGUACAGACUCACCCGACAGGGCAGCGACUUUGACUCUCAGUCUGCAUUCCAUAUCAAUACUCAAGUGUUUGCGGCUGAUGGAGGUGUGGCAGAGUCUUCCCAGUCAGGCACACCACAAGGAGAAGCCUCCACACCUGAAGAGAUGCGAGAGGAAAAGAAGGAACAGGAGGGAGAGAAGAGUACCAGCUCAGAGGAGAGCAAAGCAGCAAAAGUGAAAGCAAGCAAGCCUUUAAUGCCUACUUCUACCAUCCUGAGACUACUGGCUGAGCUGGUCCGCUCCUAUGUUGGCAUCGCCACAUUAAUCGCCUCCUACAGCUACACUGCAGGACAGUCUGAGCUUAUUAAGGAGGAUUGCAGUGUUCUUGCCUUCGUACUCGAUCACUUGCUUCCCCACACCCAGAAUUCAGAAGACAAGGACACCCCAGCUUUGGCCCGUCUCUUCCUAGCCAGCCUGGCAGCUGCUGGCACUGGCACUGAUGCUCAGGUGGCCCUGGUCAAUGAGGUGAAGGCUGCAUUAAGUAGAGCACUAGCAAUGGCAGAAGGUGCAGAGAAACAUGCCAGGCUGCAGGCUGUGAUGUGUAUUAUUAGCACAAUCAUGGAGUCCUGUCCCUCAACAUCCAGUUUCUACAGUACAGCAGCAGCCAAGACGCAACAUAAUGGCAUGAACAACAUCAUCAGACUCUUUCUUAAGAAAGGUCUGGUCAAUGACUUGGCUCGUGUUCCCCAUAGCUUGGAUUUAUCCAGUCCCAACAUGGCCAACACAGUGAAUGCUGCCCUGAAGCCCCUAGAGACUCUGUCCCGCAUUGUGAACCAGCCCAGCAGUCUGUUUGGAGGAAAAGGAGGCUCCAGCAAGAACAAGACUGAACAUGACACAGUGGGUACUGCCAGAGACAGCAACAGCAACACUCAGGACCAAGGAGAGUCUGGUGAGGCAGAGCCGGUGGAGGGCAAUCAUAGGGUGCAGGGAACAGACAGUGACCUGAUGGAUGGAGAAGCCGAGGGAGACACAGUGGUCAUCGCUGGUCAGCCAGAGGUUCUUAGCACACAGGCUAUGCAGGUGGAAAAUGAGCUUGUGGAUCUGAUUGAUGAGCUGCUGGAAAGAGAUGCUGGCACAGUCAACAGUACUAUUAUUGUGGGACGCAGUGGCGAAGAUGAAUCACAAGAGGAUGUGUUGAUGGACGAGGCCCCCUCCAACAUAAGCCAAGCAUCAACUCUUCAGGCCAACCGUGAAGACUCCAUGAACAUCCUGGAACCAGAGGAUGAGGAGCACACACAGGAGGAAGAUUCAAGUGGCAGCAACGAUGAUGAGGACAGCCAGGAUGAAGAGGAGGAGGAGGAAGAGGAGGAGGAGGAGGAUCAGGAUGAUGAAGAAGGAGAUGAGGAUGAUGAUGAUGAAGGCUCAGAGAUGGAGUUGGAUGAAGACUUUCCUGAUAUCAAUGCAGCACCACACAUCCGCUUCGAGAGGUUUGACAGGGAUGAUGACCUCAUCAUUGAGUUCGACAACAUGUUCUCCAACAAUGCUGACAUCCCUCCUUCCCCAGGCAACAUCCCCAGCUCCCACCCACUGAUGGUACGCCAUGCCGACCAUGGUUCCCUCACCUUAGGUGUGGCAGGCACCAACAGCCGCCUGGCACAGGGCAUGGGUCGCAGCCAGCGAACGCUGCGCCAGCUCACUGCCAACAGUGGACACACAAUCCACGUCCACUAUCCAGGGAACAGACAGCCCAACCCUCCUCUGAUCCUGCAAAGAUUAUUGGGUCCCAGUGCUGCAGCAGACAUUCUACAGUUAUCCAGCUCUCUGCCACUGCAAUCUCGUGGUCGUGCUCGCCUUUUGGUAGGAAAUGAGGACGUGCACAUCAUCGCUCGUUCAGAUGAUGAGUUGUUGGAUGACUUUUUCCAUGAGCAGAGCAGCACUGGGGGGCAAGCAGGAACCCUCUCUAGUAUUCCCACUGCCUUAACUCGAUGGACUGAUGAGUGUAAAGUGCUGGAUGGUGAGAGUAUGCACGACUGUGUUGCUGUGGUGAAGGUGCCCAUCCUGCAGCAUCUGGAGAGUCUGAGAGAUGAGGAACUGGAAGAGCGUAGGGAGAAGAGGAGGCGGCAGCUGGCUGAGGAGGAGGAGUCUAAGCAGAAUGAGAGGAGGGCAUCUGGUGCAGAACAGGCCAGAGAACAGAGCCUGCAGGGCUCUGGACUGGGGACAGUUAAUGGUGCAGAGAACACUGCAGAGGGUGAGCAGGCUCAGGGUGGUACAGUUUCAUGUCUGGAUCCACCCAGGGUGUCGGAGGGCUUUCUCACUGCUCCCCCGUCUGGAGAGGUCACUCCCACCACACCUGCUCCUCAUGAACAGGCCCUCGUCUCCCUGGAGACUGCAAUAAGUCAGCAGGUCCACCAGCCAAUUGCCGACUUGCUAUUGGCUGAGUCUCGUGCCAGCUCAUUGGCUGCUCUGGCAAGGGCAAGCCUUCCACCCAUGUCAACAGGUGACAGGCCAAACAGUGAAGCAGAGGCAUCACAAAUGGAAAUGUCCCCGGCACCCACAAUCGGUGAGAGAGUCGGUGGAGGAGGAGGAGGAAGUGGUGGUGGUGGUGGUGGAGGAGGAGGAGGAGGAGAAAGAGGAGGAGCGUUGGAUGAAGGCAGGGAAGCCUCCCUUAGUCCAGACAUUGUGGAGACUUCAGAGCCUGCAGUAGUGGGUGUGUCACAACUGGAAGGGUCACCAAUGGAUACCAGCAGCCCUGCAUCUGCCACUCAGGAAGAAUCUGCUCCCAACCCUACCCAAACUGCCCAACUGUCUCAGGAGCUGUCGGGCAGUGGGGAGAGUGGCCUCACCGACAGGCAGACAGAUGCAGAGACAGGCUCAACUUCUGUCUCAUCACCUGGAGAAACAAUGCCCAGGAGUGACAGUGCUGAUAGCCAGUCUCAGGCCAUCCAGGAAGAGCCACUCCCAUCCACCAGUAACGAGGAGGAGGAUCCACUUGCAGGCAUCAGCUUGCCAGAGGGUGUGGAUCCCUCUUUCCUGGCAGCUCUUCCUGAGGACAUCCGUCGAGAGGUACUGCAAAAUCAGCUUGGUAUCAGACCGCCCUCUCGUCCUCCUGUUGCGACCACCUUGCCUUCCUCUUCUGCACCUGUUCUGGGAGGACCAGGUGUCACUGAGGUCAGCCCAGAGUUCCUGGCUGCCUUACCACCUGCCAUCCAAGAGGAGGUUCUUGCUCAGCAGCGGGCAGAGCAGCAGCGAAGGGAGUUAGCUCAACAACCCCCACAGGGAGACACCCCUCUGGAUCCAGUCACCUUCAUCCAGACGCUGCCCUCAGAGCUCCGACGUAGUGUCCUGGAGGACAUGGAAGACAGUGUGUUGGCUGUCAUGCCCCCAGACAUAGCUGCAGAAGCAGCCGCAUUGCGUAGAGAGCAAGAAGCACGGCAGAGGCAACUGAUGCACGAGAGGUUGUUUGGACACAGCUCAUCUUCAGCUCUAUCUGCCAUCCUGCGCUCACCAGCCUUUACCAGUCGGUUAGGGAGCAAUCGUGGUGUCCAGUACACCCGACUGGCUGUGCAGAGAGGAGGCACUUUUCAGAUGGGGGGAGGAACAAACCAUAGACCAUCCAGUUCCAGCGUGGAUUCUCUGUUGCGACUGCGUGGUCGCUUGCUGCUGGACCAUGAGGCUUUGUCCUGCCUGCUGGUUCUGUUGUUUGUAGAUGAACCGAAGCUCAACACCAGCCGCUUGCAUCGUGUGCUCAGGAACCUCUGCUACCACUCACAGACACGCGGGUGGGUCAUCCGCAGCCUGUUGUCCAUUCUCCAACGCAGCAGUGAGAGUGAGGUGUGUGUGGAGACCUCACGGUUGGAAGACUCCAGAGGCAAACGGAGCAUCCAGGGAGGCUGCGGAGGGAAAGGCUCAGCUACCUCCUCCCUCUCCUCUUCAUCCUCCUCUUCUUCCUCAUCCUCAUCUUCCUCCUUAGAACUACUGAACAGGGUAGAGUCUCGCAGCUCCAGCCAGCUUUCCUGGCUCUCUGUUUCUAUGGAUGCAGCAUUGGGCUGCCGGACGAACAUUUUCCAGAUUCAGCGAGUAUCAGGUAGGAAGCAUGCGGACCGGCAUUCAGUUGGAGGUUCUGCAGGAUCUGGAACACUGGGAGGAGGAGUGCCGGGCACUGCUGCAGGUGUCACAUGUACUGGAGGGGGAGGUUCCACUGUCCAUAUCCAUCCACAGGCUGCUCCAGUGGUCUGUAGACAUGUAUUGGACACUCUCAUCCAGCUAGCAAAGGUUUUCCCCAGCCACUUCACCCAGCAGCGCUGUAAAGAUCUAUCAGCAUCUUCUUCUGACCUGGACUCUCGUCUUUCUUCAGUCACCUCUGGGGGAGGGGGUGGAGCUGGUGGCUCCAGGUCAGGGUCACAGUCUGGCAACCCCAGCGCCAACGCCUCCAACUCCCAGAACUCCCUGGGCUCCUCUGCCGCUACUCUCCAGUCUUUGGGAAUCUCCACAGAUUUUUGGGACCUUCUGGUUAAGCUGGACAACAUGAAUGUCAGCCGCAAGGGCAAAGCCUCUAUGAAGACAGUGCCUCUGGGGGGCAGUGCAGAGGCUGAGGGGGCUCAGUUCAGCCUGGAGACCUCCCCUCUGGGCCAGCUGAUGAACAUGCUGUCCCACCCAGUAAUUAGACGGAGCUCUUUACUCACCGAAAAGCUGCUGCGUUUGCUUUCUCUCAUAUCCAUCGCUUUACCAGACAACAAGGCCACUGAGGUGCCUGCUGGACACCCCACCCCACAAGCUGCCAACCCCAAUGUGGCAACAAGCUCAGGAGCCACAGCCCAAAUCACAACACAGGGCAUGGUGACAGCAGGCUCCACCCAGUCCACUGUGGCAGGACCAGGGGCCUCUGUGGGAACUGCAUCCCAGGGUACAUCCUCAGGGACAAGUCUAACAGCUACUCAGACAUCCUCGACAACAAUCUGUAUACCCACGUCCACUGGAACAACCUCUACAGGGAAACAGAGAGCCACUGGAAGCAGUACAGAGAGUGACAACAAAAUGGCCUCCUCUGGACUCACAGAAAAACAGCUCCAACUCUCUGUGGAGGUGUUGACAUCUCAUUCGUGUUCAGAGGAGGGUCUGGAGGAUGCAGCAAAUAUUCUGCUACAGUUAUCUAGAGGAGACGGUUCCACCAGAGACACUGUGCUCAGACUGCUGCUCAGUGGGGCCAGACAUCUCGGAUACACUCUGUGUAAACAGAUCGGCACGCUAUUAGCUGAGCUUAGGGAAUACAACUUAGAGCAGCAGAGACGGGCACAAGCUGAUUCACAUUCCCCAGAUGCUCCACCUGAGGAUUCCUCCAUCUCUGCCAGACUAAAGGGCAAGAUGACCAGCAGGUUAGCUAGUGACCACACUGAGCUUUACAGUGACUUCCAGCAUUUGAGAGAGACCAGGUUCGAUGGGGCGGAGAGUGUGGUAAUUGUAGCUGCACAGAAGCGCACACUCGGGGGACGAGAACUCCAGCUUCCCUGCAUGAGCUCUCUGACUUCCAAGACAUCAACACAGAAGUUCUUCUUGCGGGUGCUGCAAGUCAUUAUCCAGCUCCGUGAGGACACACGUCGCGCCAACAAGAAAGCCAAACAGACAGGGCGAUUAGGCUCUACCAGUUUGGGCUCAGCCAGCAGCAUCCAGGCUGCAGUGCGCCAGCUAGAGGCAGAAGCUGAUGCCAUUAUUCAGAUGGUGAGAGAGGGUCAGCGGGCACGCAGGCUCCAACAGGCCCCCCCAUCAACCGCCUCCUCUGCUACUGCCGCCGUCGCUGCCACUGCUGGAUCAUCAGUGGCCGCCCCCCAUGCCCCCACUGGUGCUGCUCCCCCUGCUGGCACGGCUGCUGCUGCCACGUCUGAAGUACAGGCAAUGUCAGAAGCACAGGCAGCCAACAGGGAUGACUCACCAAUGGAUGUGGACCAGCCAUCUCCUCUAGAUCAGGACCCCGCACCACUGGAUGAGGAUGGAAAUGGCCAGUCAGAGAGUGAGGAGAGACUUCCAGACCUCCCACUGCUUAGUGAGCAGCUGUUGCUGGAUGAACUAUGGGACAUGCUUGGGGAGUGCCUCAAAGAGCUGGAGGAAUCCCAUGACCAGCAUGCUGUACUGGUUCUCCAACCUGCUGUGGAGGCUUUUUUCCUGGUCCAUGCCACAGAGCGGGAAAGCAAACCUCCUGUGAGAGACACGAGGGAGAGCCAACUCUCUCACAUCAAAGAUGAGCCUCCACCUCUGUCACCAGCACCCCUUACACCAGCUACACCUUCAUCCCUUGACCCGUUCUUCUCUAGGGAACCAUCAUCCAUGCACAUCUCUUCAAACCUGCCACCAGACACUCAGAAGUUCCUCCGCUUUGCUGAAACUCACCGCACAGUGCUUAACCAGAUCCUGCGCCAGUCCACUACUCAUUUGGCUGAUGGGCCAUUUGCAGUGCUGGUUGACUACAUUCGAAUCCUGGACUUCGAUGUUAAGAGGAAGUACUUCCGUCAGGAGUUGGAGCGACUGGAUGAAGGCCUGAGGAAGGAGGACAUGGCUGUCCAUGUGAGGAGAGAUCAUGUGUUUGAGGACUCCUACAGGGAGCUGCACCGCAAGAGCCCAGAGGACAUGAAGAACAGGCUGUACAUUGUGUUUGAAGGGGAGGAAGGCCAGGAUGCUGGUGGUCUGCUGAGGGAGUGGUACAUGAUCAUCUCUCGGGAGAUGUUCAACCCCAUGUAUGCCCUGUUCCGCACCUCACCCGGAGACCGUGUCACCUACACCAUUAAUCCCUCAUCCCACUGCAACCCCAACCACCUCAGCUACUUCAAGUUUGUGGGCCGCGUGGUGGCCAAGGCCGUCUAUGAUAACCGGUUACUGGAGUGCUACUUCACCCGCAGCUUCUACAAGCACAUCCUGGGCAAGAGUGUCAGGUACACGGACAUGGAGAGCGAGGACUACCCAUUCUUUCAGGGCUUGGUAUACUUGUUGGAAAACGACGUUUCCACACUGGGUUAUGAGCUGACAUUUAGCACAGAGGUCCAGGAGUUUGGCGUGUGUGAAGUGAGAGACCUCAAGCCAAAUGGAGCAAAUAUCCUGGUGACAGAGGAAAACAAAAAAGAGUAUGUGCACCUGGUAUGCCAGAUGAAGAUGACAGGUGCAAUCCGCAAGCAGCUGGCAGCCUUCCUUGAAGGAUUCUACGAGAUCAUCCCCAAGAGGCUGAUCUCCAUCUUCACUGAGCAGGAGCUGGAGCUGCUCAUCUCUGGCCUUCCCACUAUUGACAUCGAUGACCUAAAGGCCAAUACUGAAUAUCACAAAUACCAAUCCAGCUCCAUUCAGAUCCAGUGGUUCUGGAGAGCGUUGAGGUCCUUUGACCAGGCAGACCGGGCGAAGUUCCUCCAGUUUGUUACUGGCACAUCCAAGGUUCCCCUUCAGGGUUUUGCUGCUCUGGAGGGCAUGAACGGCAUCCAGAAGUUCCAGAUCCACCGUGACGAUCGUUCCACUGACCGCCUGCCAUCUGCUCAUACCUGCUUUAACCAGCUGGACCUCCCAGCUUAUGAGAGCUACGAGAAGCUGAGACAUAUGCUGCUGUUGGCCAUUCAGGAAUGCUCCGAGGGAUUCGGACUGGCUUAAACUAUGAGACUCCUUAACACACAUGGACAUGCAUACACUUGAUUUAGAUUUGCCUACUCCUGACACACUCACACUGAUAACCUUUGAACGCACGCACACACUAUCAUAGACAUUACUGGAUAACUUGUUGAAUUGCCUAGACUUCCUGGUUUCUAUUCCAUAUAAAACAGUUAAAACCAGCAAGUGAAAACGGACUGAUUGAUAUUGCAUACAACACAGAGAGCCUCAUAUUGACACAGUUGUGUCCCCCUUCCCAAUUUAACGGCAAAUGCAAGAGUGGAUUCAGAGGAUAAAACAUGGACUAAUAUAAGAGAUGUUUUCUUCAUUUAGUUUGAUUUCUCUGUACAAAAGGUUUGGGAGUUUAUUAUGUUUAAUCUUUUUUGUUCUCUGGCUGUGUAAAAAGAAAAAGAGAAUGUUGUUUGAACAGGAUGGUUAUAAAACCUUUGGGGAAAAAAUGUUGGUGGUUUCUUGUUGCAAAUUUGUGACCUCACAAGCCUUGAUGAUGGGGAACAUUUUUAUGGGGGGUAUAUGAACAACUUGAAAAGUUUUGGAGUUAUACACAAAAAUGCACUUUUCAAAAGUUUUGUGGCAUUUUUAAGGAAGGAUGGUACAAAAAUGAAGAGAAAACCUGAAGGAGAUUUAAAAAAACAUUAACCAUAAAUUCUAAAGUAUUUUUGGCUAUUAAAUCGCUGACCCAGCCUUGAGCCUUUGAAUCAGAGUGGAAUAACUACAUGAAUAAAUGCAUAAAAUUG